UUUACAUUUCAUAACUGUAGGAAUUUAUUGUAGGUGGUGCAUGGCACUUGCAUUUCUUAAAACUAAUUUUAUUUUAUUGUUAAGUAGUGCAUUUUAAAAACUUGGCAAAGCGAACGCAUUAAUAAGCAGAAAAUUAAAAUAAAGUAGUAGUCAAUAUAUUUAUAACGCAAAUUUAAUAUAAUUGUUUGACUGAUACCGCUAUUACUUUUGUGGCCAUAAAACACACUGAAAAAGAGUGAACGAAGAAGAAUCCACAAAAUAUCCUAACAAAUUGGAGUUUGAGCCGGUUAUUUUUAAAUUAAAUUGGGCUCUGCUUUUUCGUUUUCUUUCAUUUUUCCCGUGUGCUUUUUAGGUUAUCAAGUCCUUUCAGCGAAAUUAUGGAAAACUUGGACGUUUUUCUAAUUUUUCUUUCAGUGCGAAUUCUUUCCGUUUUCUGUAUACAAUCAUUUUUUGUACCGGACGAAUACUGGCAAUCAUUGGAAGUAGCACAUAAACUAGUCUUUGGAUAUGGUUAUCUCACUUGGGAAUGGGUUUUGGGCAUACGGAGUUACAUACAUCCCCUAUUAGUAGCGAUAUUUUACAAGUCCCUUUAUUUGUUUGGCUUAGAUUCGGCUUUUUUCUUGAUAUCUGGACCGAGAUUACUACAAGCUGUCCUUAGCUCCUAUGCAGACUUGUGUUUUUAUAGAUGGUCAGGGACAAAGAACUGGGCAGUUUUUAGUAUAUCCAGUUCAUGGUUUCUAUUUUAUACCGCGUCUCGAACACUUAUUAACAGUUUUGAAUGUUCUCUAAGCACCAUUGCCUUGUCAAAAUAUCCCUGGGUGAAGAAAGACAUAAAGGAGAGCUGUACUUUUAUUUGGAUAGUGACCCUACUUUUUAUGAUUCGACCCACCAGCGCGGUAAUAUGGCUUCCAUUGUGCCUUUUCCAUUUAAGUAUCUCUGAAAAAAGUGGUGUAAGGCUAAUGGUAACCAGAUAUAUUCCGAUUGGGGUUUUUGUAGUGAUGUUGGUAGUGCUGAUAGACAGUCUGGCUCAUGGUUCCUUUAUUGUAUCACCCUAUAAUUUUUUCAAAAUCAACAUUUUUCAAAAUAUUGCUUCAAACUAUGGAGAGCAGCCUUGGCAUUGGUACUUGUCCUGCGGUAUUCCGGCCAUCUUGGGCAUUCAAAUCUUGCCUUUUGCCAUGGCCGUGUCGGUGGUCAUAAAAAAUAGACAUAGUCAUAUCAAUGAGCUGGUAAUGCUAGUAACGAUUGUUUUUUCCGUGUUUGUGUUUAGUUUCAUAAACCAUAAAGAGUUUAGAUUUUUAUUACCUCUAUUACCGAUAAUGCUGUAUAUAUCUUCGAGAUUUUUAUCAGCUUGGAGCCGAAAGGCUAACGUUUGGUCCGUUUGGCUUGUAUCGGCUAUCAUAUUCUUGGGCAAUGUGGUUCCCACGUGGUACUUGGGCUUUGUGCACCAAAGGGGCACUUUGGAGGUUAUGGAUGGCUUAAGGGACAUUGCCAACAAGGAUCCUAACAAUAGCAGUUUUCUAUUCUUAAUGCCUUGUCAUUCGACGCCAUUGUACAGCCAUUUACACGUUAACGUUACCACUAGAUUUUUGACUUGCAACCCAAACAUUAACGAAGUACAUGGCUAUGUUGACGAAACUGACUACUUUUACAAAAAUCCAAACGGUUGGUUGCGACAGAACUAUCCACCUAAAGAACCGCUUCCAUCUCAUAUUAUUUGCUUCGAUAAUCUGCUGCCCAUAAUAGGAGGCGAUAUUCUGACCAGAUACAAAAGGAUAAAACAAAUUUUCCAUUGCAACAUACCGGUAUCUUCCAGAAUAGGAAGGUUCGUUUUGGUUUACGAGAGGCUCGAUUUGUAGUCAAUUUUGGAGGUUAGAAAACAUUUUGCUCAUCUGUGUCUAUUAAAUAUUGUAACAAAAUCUAAAUUACUUUGUAAUAAACCCUAUAAAUGUCAAGCGGAAAUAAUAUCUGCUUUUUUCAGAUCAGAAAUGAUAAAAACGUAUAACUACUAGCGGUCUGUUGUGCAGUUCCGCAAAUAACGUCACAGACCAUAGACAGUAUUUUUUUAUAAAUGAAAAUUUCAUGCAAAAGCAACAAAAUUCCUAAAUUGGAAAUCUAAGAAAAAGGAAAUUCAUUAAGUUUUUUUUUCAUUUUUUCCAAUAUCUAGCACCCAGAAGCUUUUUUAAUGCAGUUUCGAAAGAAUUUUUUUUUAAUUUGUUGUGAUAUUUUUGUAUUAAGUGUUUUUAAAAAUGUUGCUAUAUUCAAUAAGGGAAAAAUGACAAAAAAAAAACAAAGAAAUGACCAUGAUUUAUUACAACGGU